AUGUCUUCCAAAUAUAGUGAUAUUAACUCUGCUAGGUUAUCAUUCCAAUAUUUCUCAUGGAUAGAUUAUUCCAUUUUCAUGGUGAUGUUGUCGGUCUGUUGUGGUAUUGGUAUUUAUUUCGGAUUUGUUAAAAGACAGACUUCAACAAAUGAUUAUUUGAUGGGAGGAAGGAAUAUGAAACUGGUUCCAAUUUGUUUUUCUCUGGUAGCCAGCUUCAUUUCAGGUAUAUCUUUAUUGGGAACACCGACAGAAAUUUACUUAUACGGUACUUCAUACGUUUUUACUAUAAUAGGAGCUUUAAUCAUGUCAUUUGUAGUAAUAACCACAUUUAUUCCUGUUUUCCAUGAAUUACAACUAACGUCUGCAUAUGAGUACUUGGAAUUGCGCUAUGACAAAAGAACAAGAGUAUUUGGAUCUGUAUUAUUCAGCGUUUAUUUGAUUGCUUGGCUACCUAUCGUGAUUUAUGUACCGGCGCUUGCAUUUAACCAAGUAACUGGUGUCAAUAUUCACGUUGUGUCUCCAAUAGUGUGUCUUGUGUGUAUAUUUUAUACUUCUUUGGGUGGCCUUAAAGCAGUUGUGUGGACUGAUGUAGUACAAACCGUCGUUAUGUUCGGAGCUAUGCUUAUAGUUAUUAUUAAAGGAACCAUAAUAGUUGGUGGAGUAGAAGAACUCUUUGAUAAAAGCUGGACGACAAACAGAAUAGAAUUACCAAGUUUUAAUUUCGACUUGACGGAAAGGCACACAAUUUGGUCAGUUACAAUAGGAUCGACAUUUUAUUGGAUUGGUAACAUUGCAGUUAAUCAGUCUAUGAUGCAGCGUUUUCUUGCUUUGUCCGAUGUAAAGAAGUCAAAAUGGGCCGUAUGGGGAUUUUUAUUUGGAGUAUUUUUAAUCAUCCUUACCUGUAGUUAUAGUGGACUUUUAGCUUACGCAAGGUAUUAUAAGUGCGACCCUUUAAAUUCGAAGUUGGUACUUGCGAAGGAUCAACUGCUGCCAUUAUUAGUUAUGGACGUGUUAUCUGAAUGGAAAGGUAUGCCUGGUGUUUUUGUAGCAGGAGUCUUCAGUGCUGCUCUAAGUUCAUUAUCUACUGGACUGAAUUCAAUGGCCGCUGUUGUGUUGGAAGAUUUUUGGAAGCCAUUUUUUAAAAAACUUAGUCAAAAACAAACACAAAUUCUCGUGAGAACUGUUGUUGUUGUACUUGGUUGCGUUUGUGUAGGAUUGGUGUUUGUAGUGGAAAAGUUAGGAUCGGUGUUACAACUAACCAUGAGCUUGUCUUCGGCAUCAAUGGGUCCGCUUGCCGGAAUAUUUCUCAUGGGAUUAUUUUUACCUUUUGUUAAUGGAGUGAGUGCUCUGACUGGGGGAAUUUCUGGUUUAAUCAUCGCAUGGUGGGUAGCGGCGCAAUCGCAACUGGCGCAAGCUAGAGGUCUUUUAAGAUUCAAAGAGAAGGAUAGAUACACGUUCAAUUGUACUUACGCUUUUGAGGCUGUUACGGAUGUCACCAAUGAUGAUCAAGAGGAGGUGUCCUAUAUUUAUAGAAUUUCAUAUUUGUGGUUUACGGCUCUAGGAUGUUCGGUAACUGUUAUAGUGGCGUGUCUUGUUAGUUUAAGAUCAUCAAAAGUCAAAAAUGAUCAUAGAUUAUUUGCACCGUUCUUAAGGUCCUGGCUGAUGGAUAAAAAAGAGGUCGAUGAAAUAAAUUUAAAAAACACUCCAAGGAGAAAGGUUGUCUGCUUACCCUCACACUUCAUCGUGACUUGGGGAUUAAUUGUUCAAUCACGAGUAACGAUCCAAAAACCGAACAGGAUAAAAACCAGGACCGAUGGCUUUAUGUGUUCUUUAAAACACAGUAGCUCACCAGGUAGGACACCCGUCUGGUCGGAGGAUCCUGAGUGA